GGAGGAGUCGCUGUAUUUCCGUGGCGUGGUGUGAAGCACUAGUCGGGGUCGUGGGAACAAGCGCCCAGUGGAACUACUAGUCCCAGACCAGCCCGGGCCUCCCAUCAUCGCCGCGCCUCGUUCUCAGGCGCCGAGCACUACAACUCCCGGCAUGCCGUGAGAUUGAAGGCCGAGACUCGGAGGCGGAGUCCAACCCUGGAGUCCGCCCCGCUCUCCGGCCGAGUCCCCGCCGGUGCCCGGGCCGCGCGCGGAGCGGGUACUCGAGCCAUGGAGGAGUCGUCCACCCCACUGGUGGGCUGCAGCAAGCCGCACCUGGAGAAACUGACUCUGGGUCUUUUUCCUCUUUCAGAAUCAUCCCCAGGAGUGACAGAGGUGACCAUCGUAGAAAAGGCACCUGCUGAACGUCAUAUGAUUUCUUCAUGGGAACAAAAAAAUAACUGUGUGCUGCCUGAGGAUGUGAAGAAUUUUUACCUAAUGACCAAUGGCUUCCAUAUGACCUGGAGCGUGAAGCUGGAUGAGCACACCAUUCCAUUGGGCAACAUGGCAAUUAACAGCAUCACAAAACUGACGCAACUCAACCAGUCUUCCAUGUACUCACUUCCUAAUGCACCAACUCUGGCAGACCUGGAGGAUGACGCAGAAGAAGCCAAUGAGGACCAGCCAGAGAAGCCUCACUUUGAUUCCCGCAGUGUGCUAUUUGAGCUGGAUCCUUGCAAUGGGAAUGGGAAGGUUUGUCUGGUCUACAAAAAAGGGAAACCAGCAUUAGCGAAAGACACCGAGAUCUGGUUCCUGGACAGAGCGUUGUACUGGCAUUUUCUCACAGAUACCUUUACUGCCUAUUAUCGCCUGCUCCUCACCCACCUGGGCCUGCCCCAGUGGCAGUAUGCCUUCACCAACUAUGGCAUUAGCCCACAGGCCAAGCAAUGGUUCAACAUGUAUAAACCCAUCACCUACAACACAAACCUGCUCACGGAAGAGACUGACUCCUUUGUGAACAAGCUGGAUCCCAGCAAAGUGUUCAAGAGCAAGAACAAGACCUCAGUCUCCAAAAAGAAAGGGCCUGUUCAGCCUGCAGGGGGCCAGAAAGGGCCUUCAGCUCCUCCCUCCGCUUCUAAAUCUUCCUCUGGCUCAGGAAACCCUGUCCGGAAAUGAACAGUCUCACCUCCAGCUCCCUGCCAGCCCCACAGUGACGAUUUCCAUGCACAGAUGCCCCAGGAGUGGCCCAAGCUUCAGAUUCUGUGUGUGGAACCAUAGAAUCCCUUCCCAUCUGAGUGACCAAAAUCUCAGGCCUUUUACUCCCGUUAGCAUUAGCCAGGAGUUUGAAGGGCAUACUCAGGUCUCCCCAAGAGUCUUUCUUUCAUGCCCCCCGCAGCAGGUAAUGCCACCCCCUGCCUCCAGAAGGUGUGGAGAAGUUUAGAUCUUGUUUAAGAGGUCAGAUCAGUCUGUUAAGCACUUUCCUCUUUCCAGCUGGAACCCCCUACCCCUCAGCUGUGAUUAGAAAAGAAACCACUGGUUUUGACCCAUGAAGCAUUAGAAAUGCAUUGUUCGGUUGAUAGCCGCUAGUCACGUGUGGCUCUUUACAUUUAAGUUAUAUCAAAAAUUCAGUCCCUCAGUUGCAUUUUAGCCACGUUUUGAGUAUUCAUAUAGCUAGUGGGUUCCAUACAGACAGCACAGAGAUAAUAGAACACUUCAUCACAGAAAGUUCUGUUGGACAGCACUGCAUUAGAAUAUGUUCACACUGCUCUGCCUCAGAUCAGUUCACUUCUGUUAGAGAAUGUUGAUACCUUACUGUGAUGGGUCAUAAUGUUUCUUGAAAAUACAGUUGUAUGUUUUUUAUAUCCUUCACCACAAAUCUCACUCUGCUCAUUUUCAGUUUCCUAUAAGGUUUCUCAUCUUUAUCAGUUUCCUAUGCAGUGUCUUGCUUCCAGUUUUAUGUUGUAAUGUUUGCCA